AGUCCUGAAAAUUUCCGUGGCGCCGAAAAAAAAAAAAAAAAAGAUGGAUAUAACGCGAGUUCCGUGAGAGAUCUUUUCCCUUUUCUUUUCUCUUUCUAACACAUCUUUUCUUUCUAUCGUUCUCUUGAAACCUAUAUCCCAAAAACAUGGCCUUGAACAAAGUCUAUAAGCUCAACACGGGUGCUUCGAUUCCCGCAAUCGGUCUCGGUACCUGGCAAGCUCCUGGCGAAGAAGUCUACAAGGCUGUCAAGACCGCUAUUGCUGCUGGCUAUCGUCAUAUCGAUACCGCGUUUGGUUAUGGCAACGAAGCCGAAGUAGGCAAGGCCAUCCGUGAUGCUUUGGCCGAAAACAACUUGGAGCGCAAGGAUGUUUUCGUAACCACUAAGCUCUGGCCCACCUUCUUCCGUCCCGAGAAGGUCGCUGAAGGUUUCCAGAUCUCGUUCGAUCGUCUCGAUAUUGAGUACAUUGACUUGUUCUUGUUGCACUGGCCCUGUGCAUUGAACCCUGAGCAAGGCGUUGCCAUUCCUCGUAAGCCCGAUGGUACGCGUGAUAUCGACACCACUGUGACACCAUCCAUCACCUGGGCUGCUGCCGAAAAGCUCUUGGACACUGGCAAGGUCAAAGCUGUUGGCGUGUCCAACUAUUCCAUCCCCAUCUUGGAAGACUUGCUCAAGACAGCCAAGGUUGUUCCUGCCGUCAACCAAAUCGAACUUCACCCCUAUAACCCACAACAAAAGUUGUUGGAUUACUGUGCUUCCAAGGGCAUCCACUGCACUGCUUACUCACCCUUGGGCUCAACCAACUCGACACUGUUGAGCGAUGAGACGAUUAACAAAAUUGCAACUGCACACAACAAGUCGCCAGCACAAGUCAUCUUGUCGUGGGGCUGGGCUCGCUCCAGCAUUCUUCCCAAGAGUGUCAACCCUGAGCGAGUCAAGGCCAACACCGACCUGGUUGAACUGUCGGCACAAGAAAUUGAGCAGAUCAAUGAGCUUCACAAGACUCACGGCAAGCGCUUCAUCAAGCCAGACUGGGGCGUGCGCGUCUUUGAUGAAGACUUUGAGUAAAAUUUAACCAAACCACACACACCUUUGUAUCGAGUCAUCAUCCUUCCCCCACCUUUUCGUUUAAAACCAUUGUCAUAAUAAAGCUAGCUAUAUCAACUGUUGCCAAUAUAAAUAGUAACCUUGUUUUAUUUUUAUUCGGCAUGGGCAGCA